UUUUUCUUUUUUUUCUUUUCUUUUUUUAAAAAAAUAAAUAAAUAAAUGUCUUCUUCGAAACUUGACUAUAGUAAAGAUCAUAAACAUGACCUUUAUUCACUUGUUGUACGAAAAGAAGCUCCUUUUAAUGCUGAACCAAAAUUGACAGAUUUGAUUAAAAAUUUCAUUACACCCGAAGAAUACUUUUUUUGUCGAAAUCAUGGUCCAUUUCCUUAUAUUAAUGAAGGAGAUCAUUCAAUUUAUCUUCAAGGCAUAGGAUGCAAGGGAGUCAUGCAGUUUACCGUGAAGGAAUUAAAAGAAAAUUAUGAAAAAGUAUCUGUUAUGAUGGUGAUGCAGUGUGCUGGAAAUAGAAGGGAUGGUCUUCAUAAGGUUAAACAUACAAAGGGGGUCAUUUGGGGGCCUGGUGCAUUAGGUAAUGCUGUAUACAGUGGUUGUAGAUUACGUGAUGUCUUGGCUACUGCUGGUAUUUCUACAAAAAUUGAAAAUUUAGCUAAACUUCAUGUAUCAUUUGAAUCAAUUGAACAGUGUGAAGAAGACAAAUAUUAUGGAUCAUCCAUUCCUUUAGUUAAAGCUCUAGAUGAAUUUGGAGAUGUUUUACUCGCAUAUGAGAUGAAUCAUAAACCUUUGACAGUUGAUCAUGGAUUUCCUAUAAGAGUUGUUGUACCAGGCUAUAUUGGUGCUCGCUCUGUCAAGUACUUGAAAUCAAUUACAAUUCAGGAUGAUGAAUCAAACUCUUUCUUCCAACGUAGAGACUAUAAAAUCUUACCAGAAUCUGUAGCUGAUGAGAAACAAGCCAAUGCUUAUUGGUCUAAAAUCCCAUCUAUUGGUGAAUAUAAUGUUCAAUCUUAUGUUUGUAAUCCUCCUGAUGGAAUUCAUCAGGGGUCUACCUUUAACUUGAAAGUUGAAGGCUAUGCACUAUCAGGUGGAGGAAGAAGUAUUCAACGCGUAGAUGUAUCCGCAGAUGAUGGGAAGACUUGGACUGUAGCUGAACUUUAUCAACCUGCUGCAGAUGGAGUUAACAACUUUGGAAGAGUAUGGAGUUGGUGUCUUUGGUCUGCCACAAUCAUUCCAAAAAAACAUGUUAGAAUUGUCAGCAGAGCAGUGGAUUCUGCUGGAAAUAUUCAACAAGAAUAUCCUGUUUGGAAUUAUCGUGGAGUAAUGAAUAAUUCCUGGAGAACAAUAGAUCCAGAUUCAUUAAAUAAGUCAAAUAUGUAAAUAAACGUAG